AUGGUGUGGUUUUCGGUGGAGGUACUUUUUGAAUCUCAAAACAAUCACGCCAAUCAAGAAACUCCAUCCACAUGCUCCGAAGAAACGAAAAAGUACAAUAACGUCUUUUUGCAUGAAGCUCCACUCAAUGCAAACUUGAUAGAAUUUAAUUCAGCCCUUAGCAGAAUCAUUAAAGGAAGACAUGUCCUUUUUAUUGCAUUUCAAUACUUGUUAAACAAUCAUUUGAUAGAAUUAGCAUCGGAUAUUGAAUCAUUGAAAAACAACAAAUGCAUUUUAUAUAACGAAUUAUAUCCUACAUUCCAAAUAUGUUGUGAUUCAUCCUAUAUUGCAAAGCAUAAAAUUCCAGUCAAUAUUCAAUUAAUCAAUGAUGAAAAAGUCAAUUUAAAAAAACUUUGUCAGAAAUAUUUAAGCGAAACACAAUUUAUUGAAUUAUGUAAAGUAAUGGAUCAAGGAGAAAAGUUGAAAGAAGACCUUGCAGAUUCAAAUACUUUUAUUAGAUCUAUCACAUGUUUUGGUAGUAAAAGUUUAUCUCACUUGGAUUACAAAACAAAAGAUGACAAGAGCACAAAGAAAAAAGACAAUUCUGUUAUGACUCUAAGAAAACUCUUUAAUACUGAUAAUGAGAAAACAAAGAUCAACAUACAAGUAACCAUUAACAAUAUAGGUACUCCCUUUCAUGUUCACUUGCUGCCUUGCGAAAUUGCAGAACUUUCAUCACAUAAUGAUUCAAAGCAAAAGAAGAGAAAACAACGCACAUUUCUCCCGUCUGAAGAUCAGUUAUUAUCAACCAAUGAUGAAACUGGCUCUUUUUUCAGUAUCAAGAAAAAGAAGGUCGAGAGAAUUGGUCCACGAAAACUUAAAAUUCCAGAUGACCUUGCUCUCAAAAAAGAACAACUGGACUACAUUUCAGAAUCAAAUAGACUUAAAUCUAGGCUAAAAGAUGAACGUCUCCAAAAGAUGAUUCUAGAAGUGGACGCUCAUCCAGAACGAGAGAAAGUUUUGGAUUAUUUCUUAGAAACAGAACCAGAAUUUCUCACUUUUUGUGAAGAGAUGUUGUUUGUGAUGGGAAGAAGAGAUGAAGAAGAUCUCAGGUCUGUGCAUCGACUGGCUGAACAACUUGCCAAUCAUCACAACAACAACAACUAG